UCAUUGUCAUUAGUGUCAGAAAUAAUUGUGUCAAUUUUGUGAAUGUGAAGCUUUUUUCAUAAUAUAAAUAUUUUUAAGCAAUAUUAUAAUAUUAAUACCAUCCAACAAAUCGUAUUUUAAUAGUAGUAGAUGAUGAUUAAAUAUUAACAAUGGCUCAAAACAACACUGGUGGUACUUCUUCCAGGCGACAGCAUCCAAGAGAUCACGAUGCAGCUUCUAUUACAUCUUCUAGAAUUGCAGAUAUCUCAGAGUGGGAAGCUAAUGAGGCUCUGCGCCAAAGGGAACUUGAAGAAGCAAAAGGUCGGGCUGCACAAAUGGAAAAAACCAUGAGAUGGUGGUCAGAUUGUACAGCGAACUGGAGAGAAAAAUGGAGUAAAGUAAGAAAUGAACGCAAUAAGGCAAGGGAAGAAUGUAAACAAAUGCGCUCAAAACUUGAUACUGUUCUUAAAGAAACAAAUAACUACAAAAGAGAUAAAGAAGAAUUAGAAUUACAAAACGAUCAGCUUAAAAAGGAAAUAGAAAAAAUUCAUAUAUUGCUAUUAAAACAUGCAGGUCAAUUUGAUUCACAAAUUUUAGAAGCUCUAAGUGAUGAUCCUCUUAAAGAUUUUGUGUUCAGUACAAACUCACCAGUGAAAGAGAGAGAAAAUGGUGUUACGUCUUCGCAAUCCAAUCCAGAAUGUGACAGUACCAUUGAGCAAAAUAAUGAUAGUUCUGCGUUUGAAGAAUAUGUUUUACAAGGAGCUCUACCUCGAUUUAAAGAUGCUGAUAAAAAGACUGGUUCUGUGGACGAAGAUGUUGCUAACGAUGUGGAGAAACUCUCAAAUGAUUUUGAUGAAGAAUAUAUAUUACAAAAGUUGUCCAUGCUGCAAUUACGGUUAGAAGAAACUACAAAAACCUUACAAGCUGAAAGAGACGAAAAAUCACAACUUCAUCGCAGCAUCGAUCGUCUCAAUGCUGAGCUCCAAGAAACAAAAGACAGAUGUGAUGAAAUGAAAGAAUCACGACAAGAUACAAUGCGUGAAAUUCUGCUACUUCAAGAUCAACAUCAAAAGGAGUUACAGCUAAUCAAGGCUGAUUUACAAGACGAAGCAAAUUCCAGGGAAGGAAUGGAUAAAAGACUAAAUGACCUAAGGGCUGAGUUGGAAAGGUUGCAAGCUGAAAAUGCAGCCGAAUGGGGUAAAAGAGAAAGACUCGAAACUGAGAAGCUGGCCAUUGAAAGAGAUAACAAAAAGUUACGAAGUGAAUUGAGAGAUAUGCAAGAAAGGAUGGAAAGAAAAGGUCGGCCUGUUACAAAUUCCGAUGCCGAAAUUAGACAUCUGCAACAAGAACUAGCGGAUAAGAAUAAGGAAUGGUCAGGACACGUCGCAAGACAAAGAGACAACAGAUGGACAAGGAAGAUCUUAGAGUGGCGGCCAAGGGCGGACAAACGAAGUCGUGGAAGACCACCUACCAGAUGGACCGACGAUAUAAAGAGAAUAGCGACAAACUAGAUUGCAGCUGCCCAGGACAGAGAAGGGUGGAGACAUCUUGAGGAGGCCUAUGUACGAUAGUGGACAAAUUUGGCUGUGUGAUGAUGAUGACUUAGUCUCCACAAGAAGAACGAAAAUUUUGGAGAAUUGGUGAUUUAUUUCUGAACAUAGUCUCCUUUUUAGCUCGAUACACUUGACCCAGCGAUGCUCCCACUUCUUUAACCCGUCUGAAAAAUACGUUUUCUCGAGGUCUGAAAAGUAGGCUUCCAUCUUCUUCUUUUUUAAGUACCGUGCCCAAAUUUUUAGGCGUGGGUAGCUUCCAUAACAAUUUGCCGAUAUCGUUCUCGAUCUUGUGCGGCAUGUAUCAAUUGAUCUGCUGAUAAGCCAGUCCAUUGACGAAGGUUUCGGAGCCAUGAAUAUUUCUUCCGACCAAUUCCUCUUUUUCCGUCGAUCUUUCCAUUGAGUAUUAACUGCAGCAUCCUGUAUCUGCUACCUCUCAUUAUAUGCCCCAGAUAUUCAAGUUUUCUCUUUUUUAUCAUCUUAGUUAAAUCACCUUCGCUUUGACCUACUCUGUUUAAGACUUCUCUGUUUGACAUGCGUUGAACCCAAGAUAUUCUGAGCAUUCUACGAUACGACCAUAUUACUGUCGACCACGAUUAUUGGUCUUGUAGAGCAAGUAAUGUUCUCAGAUGGACAUAGCUGUAGAGCUAGGCGUAACACAGGGCGUUCUGUUUAAAACCUAUGCUAGGUAGGCUUCCAUGGCGGCGAUGAACUCCUCAAUCGACUUCAAUUUCAGCCCGGCGAGUGACUUUUUCAAGUUUGGAAACAGAAAAAGUCGUACAGGACCAAAUCUGGAGAAUAAAGUGGAUGGGAUAAGUAGUUCGUAGCCCAAAUCGACCAGUUUGGCUAUGGCGACAACGGUGAGUC